UUUCAUCAGCUCCUCUUCCGCUGCUCCACAUGCACCAAACUGUCUACAGCAGGGACACGUAAACCUUUUGUUAGCUGUGUAAAACAGUGUACUUAUAUUGAGUUUGUUAUUUUAGUUUGUAGCUGUUAGCUACAUACAUUUCCCCCCCUAACAUGCUUCUUUUUUGUCCAACCUGCGGAAAUGUUUUAAUUGUCGAGGAAGGACAAAAGUGCAUGAGAUUCGCCUGCAACACCUGUCCGUAUGUACACAACAUCACAAGAAAGGUAAAUAACAGGAAGUACCCCAAGUUGAAAGAGGUGGAUGAUGUUCUUGGUGGCGCUGCAGCUUGGGAAAAUGUGGACUCAACUGCUGAAACUUGUCCCAAGUGUGGACAUCUUCGGGCGUAUUUCAUGCAGAUUCAGACCAGAUCAGCUGAUGAACCAAUGACUACUUUCUACAAAUGCUGCAAUAUCCAGUGUGGACACAGAUGGAGAGACUGAAACCUUUGCACUUUGAACAUGUUGAUGUAUUUAAUGCUUAUGUGGCAUAGAAUACUUUUCCUCAUUUCUUGCCCCUCAUUUUUGAGCCAAUAUUUAUUGCCAACUGGCUCUUGUAGUUAUGGAAAUUCUUCAGACUUCCAGUUUGUGCAGUUUCUGUGUGUAGGUUCAGCUGAAGAAACUAAUUUUCUUUUUGUCUUUGCAGAUUAUAUUUACAUACAGUAUUCACUUUCCAGAUAUUAAAGUUUCAAGGAAAAAUCA